AUGAUGCAGCAUUUAGAUACAGCUUUGAUAACGGCAUUUGUGGAGAGAUGGCAGCCGGACACGAACACCUUCCAUAUGCCAUUUGGAGAGAUGUCGAUUCUUCUCCACGACGUGCAUCACAUUCUUCGUAUUCCAGUUGAGGGGGAGCUGAUGAGAGAUGAUCCGCAUCCAGAUGUUCUUAAGUUAGACAUUCAUGAUCUAGUUCGGGUCCCGGUGGAUGGUCCUGUUGGUGGUGAGUGGAAGUCUAAGUGGUUCCUUAAUGGUGGUAUACACGCAGAGGGAUUGUUGGUGCGUGGACGAGAAAUGAAGAUUAGGGACCUGGAGGUGCAGACUUACUUGUUUGUGUUGUUGGGAUCCACACUUUUUGUGGAUAAGAGUCGCGAUCGCCUCCGUCCUGCGAUCAAUGUAUUUCUGAAGGACCAGCGACGAGUGGCCGGUUACGCCUGGGGAGCUGCUGCACUUGCCUAUCUCUAUAGACAGCUAGGGAUGGCCACACGAGUGGGGAGUAAGAGUAUUUGUGGUUGUUUGACUCUGCUUCAGGCGUGGAUAUAUGAGUACUUUCCACUCUUCCGUCCGAGCCAGAUUCUCUAG